AUGGAUCUCGAAGAGACACCCUGGGCCGACUCAACCGCCCAGCCCGCGUCGCAGACAAGCGACAUCCCCGCCUCCCAAGAAAGCACCUCAACAACCAAAACGAAACCCUCUCUAACCCUCAGCAACAGCGGCUCCUCGACCCGCGCCCCGCGCACGACCCCCCGCCGCGUAGUCGCCCAGCCCACCCGGCUCGAAGCCGUCGACGACCCCCUAGGCCCGCUCGGCGGCAGCAACACCCCCAGCGACAGCGGCAAUGUGGCGGCCGCCAUCAUCGGCGAGGGUACGCCUCCCGUGCCUCCGCUGAAGGAACAGCAGCAACAGAUGCGCACGACGAUGCAGCCGCAGCAGAUCGCAGUCCGCAGCGGCCCGAGGGAUCCGCAUCGCAUCGAUGACGACGACGACGAGGAUGAGUUGCUGGGACACAGGAGGGGGUUGGGGUCGAGGGCGCCGCCGCCGGUUCAGGCGGCUAGUCCGACUGUGGCGUCGAGUAAUGCGCCGAGCGUGAGUGUUGAGCAGGCGGCGAAGCCGAGCUUUUAUAUUACGGUGGGGGAUCCGCAUAAGGUUGGGGAUUUGACUUCGUCGCACAUUGUUUACUCUGUGCGGACCAAGACUACGUCAAAGGGAUAUAAGGAGCCCGAGUUCGAAGUAAAGCGCCGAUACAGAGACUUCUUAUGGCUCUACAACACCCUCCACGGAAACUGCCCCGGCGUCGUCGUGCCCCCGCCUCCCGAGAAACAGGCCGUCGGUCGCUUCGAAAGCAAUUUCGUCGAGAGCAGGCGGCAGGCGCUGGAGAGGAUGCUGAACAAGAUUUCUUCGCAUCCGAUGUUGCAGCAUGAUCCCGAUUUGAAGCUCUUCCUCGAGAGCGAGAGUUUCAACGUCGAUAUCAAGCAUAAGGAGAGGAGGGAGCCGCUGCCGACGGAGAGUAAGGGUGUUUUUGGGAGUUUGGGGAUUAGUGUUGGGAGCAGCAGCAAGUUUGUGGAACAAGACGACUGGUUCCACGAUCGAAAGAUUUACCUCGACGCCCUCGAGAACCAGCUCAAAGCCCUCCUCAAAUCCCUAGAAACCAUGGUCGCCCAACGGAAAACCAUGGCCGAGGCCGCUGGCGACUUCUCCAGCGCCCUCCACGCCCUCUCCACCGUCGAGCUAUCCCCGAGCCUCUCCGGCCCGCUCGACGCGCUCUCCGAGCUCCAGCUGACGAUCCGCGACGUCUACGACCGUCAGGCCCAGCAGGACGUGCUCACCUUCGGCAUCGUUUUGGAAGAGUACAUCCGACUCAUCGGGUCGGUCAAACAGGCCUUCACGCAGCGGCAAAAGGCCUUUUACGCCUGGCACUCAGCCGAAUCCGACCUCCAGAAGAGGCGGUCGGCCCACGACAAGCUGCUGAGGCAGGGGAAGAGCCAGCAGGACAGGCUGAACCAGGUCGGGGCCGAAGUCGCGGAGGCGGAGAGGAAGGUGCAUCAUGCAAGGAUGUUGUUUGAGGAUAUGGGGAAGUUGAUGAGGAGCGAGUUGGAUCGGUUUGAGAGGGAGAAGGUGGAGGAUUUUAAGAGUGGAGUUGAGACGUUCCUUGAGAGUGCGGUCGAGGCUCAGAAAGAGCUCAUUGAAAAGUGGGAGACGUUCCUCAUGCAACUCGAUGCCGAGGAUGACGAGUCCGUCUUUUACCGUCCGCCCGUCAUCCAGACCUCUAACAAGCCUGCGGGAGAUACGGCGAUUGAUCGAGCGAGGGCGAGGAUGGAUGAUGACUCGGACUAG